AUGGCCACCUCGCUGCGACACUCUGACCUGCGUGGCUCACUAUACGCUAUCAGCAGCAUGGCGGGCAUUUCGGUGCAGCUACCGGUGCCGCCGCCGCCGGUGCUUGCCAUUGAACCACCAAAGUCAACGACGGCGGCGGCUACUGAAGAACAGCAACAACAACAGCAACAGUCUCAACCGCCCGAAUCAUCCAAAGCAGCAGCUCAAUCACAAACUUCCGCUCAAGCAGAUGGUGUCGUCGGUGAGAGCAGCACCUCAGCUUCGGCGGUGCUGUCGCCCAAACAGCAGCAACAGCAGCAGACGCUCUUUUCGCCGAGUUCCACCACCUCGACGACCACUUCCAGUGCUUCCAAAGCUGAUCCCCAUCAUCAUCAUCAUCAUCAUCAGCACCAGCCACAACUUCACCGUCGUCAUCACUCACAUCGUGGUCAGUCUCAGCAGUUGAAAAGCGACUCGAUGGCAAUGACCACUUUUAGCCGGCAGCCAGUAGCAGCAAGUAGCGGCGGCAGUGGCGAUGAUGAGCCAGAGCCGAAGCAGACGACGGCAGUUGUGGAGCAUCAUCACCAUCAGCCGCCUCCUCACUAUCAUCAUCCCCACCACCAGCAGUACCACCCCCCAAAGAGAAGAGUACUACCUUCGACGCCUUCAGUGGCUUCCGGCAGCUUUGAGGGUCGUGACAAGGAGGACCUCUUCGGGGAGAGUGACGGCGACAGUCAGCACCUGGUGGUGGUGACGGCCAACAUUCACAAGCAGCCGCCCAGUGGGCCACCUUCUCCACCGCCACCACCACUGCCACCGCCUUCAGCUCUGAGCACUCUAAAAGAGGAAGACUCACCCACCUCUAGCACUAGUACCCAUUCUCUGGAUCCCACAAAGACGGAGUACUAUGGUACGACGCAGCUAGAGCAACGGUCGCGGUCGCCCAGCCCGACCACCUCGGCGACGUCGUUGCCGCUGCAGCAGCAGUUGCGCCGCUUCCCUGGGCGCUUCUUUACCGGCGCCAAGCGACGCCUGCUGCCCAGCACCCCGGCCGUCGCCUCGACGCUGAUGGGCAUUGGCGGCAGCAAGAAGAAGAAGUGCCCACCGCCUCCGCUACUUCCUCCCCUGGGCCUCCUCGAUCCCAGUCUGAUGAUCAACUUUCCGCUGGUGUCCCACUCGCCGACCAUACCGACGCGCACACAGGCGGCCAUCAACUUUCCCAAGCUGAACGCCUCGCCGACGCACUACAGUAAGCACCUGCGAAGUCUGGAACAGGCUCAGCAGCAGCAGCAGCAGCAGCAGCACUUUACACUGCCGCAAACGUUGGAGGAACAACAGCAGCAACAACAGCAGCAAAUGCUGGGACAGCUUCAGCAGCCGCUGGAGCCGCAGCCGGGCGUUUGGAUGGGAAGAGAGGCCGAUCAGCAGCAGCAGCAAUACGAUCA